CCCUGCCCGUUUACCUGGCGCCCUUAGCAUCUUCCACCACGUUGCCCGUAAUAUUGCACGAAUUAAUCCCACUAUAUUUCGACUCGACACCUGUAUUUGUGUAUUUUCUUUUCAUAUUAGAAAUGUUAAGGGUUUGAUUUUGUUGAGUGCCGGUAUGAAGCGGGUUUACGGUAGUUUGAAGAGUAUGAUGGUUGGUGAAAAUGGUGAUGAUUCGACCGCGAAAUGCCGCGAGCGGCGCCGGCGGAGGAUGGCCAUGAGGCGUAUAGCUGCAGUCUCCUCCGGCGCGUCCGGCUCCGUUAUGGGAGAAGAAAAGCCCAACGGUGUGGCGAAGACGCGAGGCGAUGGUCCCGUGUCCGCCAAUACUGCGGCGGCGAUCAUGAGCUUGAUUAUGCCGCCGCCUCCGGUUUAUGGAGUGUUGUCGGUGAUUGGCCGACAACGUGAAAUGGAAGACCAUGUUUCGGUUAGACUGAAUUUAUGCGGGCCGGAAAUUAAUGGGUUCCGGCCCGUGCAUUUUUUCGGUGUGUUUGAUGGUCACGGCGGGCGUCAUGUAUCAGCAUUGUGUAAAGAGCAAAUGCACGUUUUCAUGGAAGAGGAGUUGAUGCGGGUGACGGUGGACGGAGGGGAGUCAAGCGGUGGUGGCGGAGAUGUAGAGCGGUGGAGGUUGGCGAUUAAUCGGAGUUUUCAGCGGAUGGAUGAGAUGGCGCUGCGGUUGUGUCUGUGUGGUGCGGUUGGCAGUAGUUCCAAUAUAUGUAGAUGCAGCCCGAAGUUGUCUUUCAUGGGAUCGACGGCAGUGGUGUCCGUCGUAACGAAUGAAUACAUAUUUGUUGCAAAUUGCGGGGAUUCGCGUGCUGUACUCUGCCGCAACGGCAGGGCCAUACCGCUUUCGGUCGAUCAUAAGCCCAAUAGGGAAGACGAACGGGCAAGAAUCGAAGGUUGUGGCGGGCGAAUCAUUUUUUCUAAUGGAGCGCGCGUUGAAGGAAUCCUUGCCAUGUCUCGAGCCAUAGGGGACAGGCUUCUAAAACAGUGGGUGACGUCUGAACCAGAAAUCUCGAUCACAAAACGGGAAGUAGGAGAUGAGUGUUUGAUACUUGGUAGCGACGGAUUAUGGGAUGUUUUGUCGAGUGAAUUAGCAUGCAACAUUGUGCACGAAUGUCUCCAAGAAAACAGGAGUUCAAACGUCGAGCCUCGGACUGAAACACAUGAAGGGGGCAAUGGAGAAGGACCGUGUCCUUCUAGAAGCGAGUCGGCUGCAACUUUACUAGUACGUCUUGCUUUGGGGCGAAGGAGUACCGAUAAUAUCAGUGUUAUUGUUAUUGAUUUGAGGUGAAGUGACAUUACAAAAGAAGCAAAACAUUGGAUUUUGA